AUGUUAAUGCCUACAAAACCUGCACCGAAUUUUAAAGGGAAAGCUAUUGUAGAUGGUGUUUUCAAGAAUAUCAGCUUACAGGAUUAUACAGGAAAAUAUGUUGUAUUAUUUUUCUAUCCUGCUGAUUUCACAUUUGUCUGUCCAACUGAAAUCAUAGCAUUUAGUGAACGUGUUGAUGAAUUUGAAAAAAGAAACUGUCAAGUUAUUGCUUGUUCAACAGAUUCUGAAUAUUGUCAUCUUGCAUGGACAAAUAUGGAUCGUAAAGCAGGGGGAUUAGGUCCAAUGAAGAUACCACUUUUAGCUGAUUCAACAAAAGCAAUAUCUCGAUCAUAUGGUGUACUUGAUGAAGGGGAAGGUAAUGCAUUCAGAGGAUUAUUUAUUAUUGAUGCCAAGGGUAUACUUCGUCAAAUCACAGUGAAUGAUCGUUCAGUUGGUCGAUCUGUUGAUGAAACUAUUCGACUAUUAGAUGCAUUUCAAUUUGUUGAAAAGCAUGGAGAAGUAUGUCCUGCUAAUUGGAAAGCUGGUAAAAAAACAAUUAAACCAGAUCCAAAUGCUAGUAAAGAGUUUUUCUCAUCAACAACAUAA